CGAGCAGCGGUCCAACGGUGCGUAUGCGUAUUUCGUGCGCUCCACGGUGCGUAUGCGUGUUAUUUGACCCACAGAAGGCGAAUCGCGGUGUGGCAGUAUCUCGUCGUCGGCGUCGUCGUCGCCAUCAGCGUCCUCGUCGUACGUACGUCUUCCUACCGUUUGUUGUGAGUCGUCUUCUUCGCGCGUUUCUUCAUUUUGGCCACCGGUUUUUUGUUACCAAUCGUUCUGCACUUUUUUUUUGUUGUUUUUCUUGUUUGUUUUGGCAUGAAAUCGGUAUGAAAUAACCAAGGCAAGACCCUAGUGCAAAGUGUCUGAGUGCUAAAUACCCCGCAGAGAGAGAGAGAAAGGAGAGUUAGAGUGUGUGCCAUGUCGGUUUUCGGCCACCAUUGAUGAAUGGCCCGGGCCGGUGAAUAUUAAAGGGGCCGCCGCCACACAAAUAAUAGCUGAAAACAAAGCGCCUUGGGCCCAGAACCACUCACAAGUGCCGUCUCCAUUUCGUUCAGCCAAAGAACUGAUUAUAAAUAUACGGUUAUAAAGAAGCGUUAAUUCGGUUAAGCACUUAAAGCGACCGGCUCCACAUGGCCUGGCAGUUGGCCAGCAGAAGCUGGAGCGAUGCUGCGUUGACGGUAGCCACAGUCCUCAUCCACUGGACAAGUAGCGCACCUGCCUAGUUUGGAGCCGCUCCGAACCGAUCUUCCAGAGUGCCAUCCCGAGUGCCACCCCGAGCUCCCCCUCGACUUCCUUGGCCAUCAUGUCCAGCAGUCACUCCGGCACAAUUGGCCGUAAGCGCGUGGGCAGCGGCAGCGCUGCCAGCAGCGAAUAUUACUACGCUUCCGGCGGACUGGCGGGACUCGCCGGACUGCCAGGACUCCCCGGAUCCGGAAACGGGGGCGGCGAGCAGCUGCGGCGCCAGCGCUCCGCCGAGUGGCACAGUCACGGCCGGCACAAUCACGGCCAUGGCCAUGGGCUGAGCCCCGCACUCGGUCACGGCAUGGGUCACGGCUUGGGUCACGGCUACGGGAGCAGCAGCGAGGACGAGUACCAGAACACCGGACCUGCGACGGCCUUCGACACCCAGCUGCUCGCCCAGCUGCUGCUGCAGAGUCAGCAACUGGCAAGCAUGGAGCACUACAACUCGGACUGCGAGCCGGAGUAUCUGCGGCAGCGCGACCGCCAUUUGGGGGACUCUUCCCCCGGCGAUGCCCCGCCCCCCGCGACCGCCGUCCCCGAGGUGACCUACGCGCAGCCGCACCAGCAGCGCGCCACCAUGGCGGGGUCGCCGCUGAAGGUGGCCACCGUCUCGGCGGGCAAGUACCAGUCGAACGCCAAUCUCGGCCUGUUCCCCAACAGCAGCAGCAGCGGCGCCAGCAGCGUCCAGAACGGGGUGACCACUGCCAACACGCCGCGCAGCACGAAUCCCUUCCUGAACAACAGCUCCUCCAAGUUCCCGGGCGAGGAUGGCUCCGCUUCCGCCUCCGCCGGCCUGGAAAACAUCCUGAAGCCCUCGGCCUCCUCCUCGACGGCGGCGUCCAGCAACCGGAGCCACCGCAACACCAGGAACACCCUGAACCGCCUCAGCGGCAUGACCAGCUCGAGCAGCGACUCCCAGAGCCACCAGCAGCUCCAGAUGGCCCAGCAGCAGCAGCAGCAGCAGUUGGCCGCCGCGAAGCAGCAGCACCUGCUGCCGCCCGAGGACAGCGGCGACGACGAGUUCGUCCUGGGCCUGGGCCCCCUGGACGUGGGCCACUGCAGCAGCGGCGGGGAGUCGGAGGAGCCGCCGCCGGAGCCCGCGCCCCCAGAGAUCCCGCCGCGCACCCAGUCGCUGCUCAUGUCCCUUCGCAAGCACUCCGACUACAAGCUGAAGUACGAGGAGAAGGGCGACCAGAAGCACGAGGAGUUCAUCCCCACCAGCCAGCUGCAGAAGGAUUAUAUUAUCAGCGAUAACCUCCGUUCAGAUCAGCAACUUAAGCCCAUAUCGCCAGGCGACUCAAAUGGGUAA